CUCCACCUCAAUAAAAGACCAUUCGGGCGCUCGUCCCCUCCUCCAGCCCUUCACGUAGGCGUAUGCGAACAGCAGUCAAGCGGUUUGCUGGCCAUCGCGCGCUGUCCUGUGAAAUACGGCACCUGCGUCGUCUGUCAAGCCGCGGCGAUUGCCCCGUCCGCCGCGUCCAAGCCACCGCCCAUAUUCGCGCCCGAGAAUUGCCCUACAAAGACCGCCCUCCAGCUCCCCGCUGGUACCAUCAAGAGACGACCGUUGUUGGAGCAUUCUUUUCCGGCCAAGACUUUGAAAUAGAAGGCGCAAUGGGCGACGCAAGAUCUACCUCAACAACAUCGUCGGGCGCGAAGCGCAAGCGGGCUGCUCCGGUCUACUAUGCCGUCAAGCUCGGCCAUGAGCCGGGCAUAUACUAUAGCUGGGAAGAUGCAAAGCGGCAGACCGCGGCGUUCAAGAACCCCAUACUCAAGAAGUGCAAUACGCUUGCCGAAGCCGAAGAGUUCAUGAAGAGCGGCAGCUAUUCGCCAGCCAGGCCGGGGAAGUCAAAAUACUACGGCGUGCAGGUGGGCCACAGACCGGGCGUCUACACAGAUUGGCCGUCUGUCCUCCAGCAGGUGACGGGAUACAAGGGAGGGAAGCAAAAGAAGUUCGACACUUGGGAAGAAGCGCAAGCCUAUGUCAACGAAGCCAAGGGAGCGACGCCGUCAGACUCAGGCGCCGCCAUCAGCCUCAAAGGCCACCUCGAGUCGACACUGUCGGUCGGUGCCACCAUAAAAGCCCCAAAGAAGCAGAAGAAGAACGACGGUUCAGCCUUGGCAGCCAUCACCAAUGGCGACUUUGAGCCAGGUACAGGCCCGCUCCCCCCAGGCGCAGAGGAUGGUUUCGACCGGACACUGAAGCUGGAUCUAGCCACCGGUGCCGUACAGUACAAGACCUAUGCGGAGCUCAGCGCGCUCAAGAUGCAGCCCACGGGCGAAUUCGAAGGCCCUCUCAAGAUCUGCACUGACGGCGCCACAAAAGGAAAUGGCAAGAUCGGUGCCUAUGCGGGCUUGGGCGUGUGGUUUGGCCCUAAUGAUCCAAGGAACAUCGCGGAGCCUCUUACUGGCGAGAAGCAAACGAACCAACGCGCCGAACUCACUGCCAUUGCGCGAGCGCUUGAUAUCGCACCUAUCAACCGAAGUGCUAUCAUCUACACGGACUCACACUACUCUCUCAAAUGCCUGACCGUGUGGUUCCAGAAAUGGGAGCAGAAUGACUGGAAGAACUCGGCUGGUAAGCCAGUCGAAAACAAGGAUCUCAUCGAACCGAUCCUAGCCCGGAUUCGAGAACGCGAACUAAGCAAGGCCACAACCAAAAUCAUUUGGAUCAAAGCUCACAAUGGCCACGAGGGUAACGAAGGGGCCGAUGCCCUGGCGAAUCAAGGGGCGACCCAACGUCAAGCUCAGCAGCAGAUGAAGGCUCGUGCAGGACAUUCUGAAAUCGACGUCGAGCCACACGCAGUCGACAAGCCGGGAAUGGGCAAAGCUCAUGCGUUCGCGGAGUAUGGUGCACAGGAAGGCCAGGCCCAGAUAAACGGCAUUUUUGGGUAUUUACCCGGUGACGCCGACGUGUGAAUGGGCCAGCAUUGAUGAUCCUGGGAGGAAGAGGAAGCGGUUUCCUCUUCAAGGACCUUCGCUCAAGAGCAGCAUUGUAUGGAGUUUAUUCAGCACAGCAUAUGGGUCUAUGGUUGAAUCUUGGGGUCAGUUUUCCCUGAACUGUGUGAGCGGUUUUCGGUGACAUUAGCUCACAGUAUCCCUUAUUCCAUAUCUUUGCACUCCAAUUUGGCUGCGUGCAGCACGUGCGCCGUUCAACAGUGACA